UCCUGGAAAGUGUAGCGCUGCAAGAACACAAGGAAAACAUUGUUUAAAAUGGCCUACACGGACAGCGAUAAGUCGAGUCAAUACUAGAGGAUUGGUGUCAACGGGAAUAUAAACCUGUGCGUAGUUUUAAUUAUGUAUAACAACUCAAUUGUUAUAUUAACAAAACUGUCACCCUGCUUUAGCCUUCAUGCGAACUGAUUAUAGGCAAUAGGUUUAAUAAUUUCGGUUGCCUCGAAUAUGCGAAGUUUGAAAAACGACAGACUACGCUACUUAAUAUCUUUCUGUACUUCCACGUCUUGUCGUUCUCAAGCCAAGAGGUGUACUCCACCCAGCUGCACAUUUCUGGAACGAGUAGCCUAGAUUAAGAGACUGCAAAUUAGUCGUCCGAGAGAAGAAAGCCAGGUGCUCUAAUGUCUUCAAAUACGCUCUAGGCUAUAUAAUCUGUAUUGCGCAAAUUGUCACCGUAAUUCGAGAGAGAUCAUUUUAAUGAUUGUCAGAUAUAGAGUACAGUAACAAAGCUAUAUGCUAUGCAGUGAAAGGAUACUCGAAACGGGUUUGGAAGUCACAGUCAGUGAUUUGGUGAAUUUCGAGGAAACAAGGUGAAGAGGUUGAUGAGAUUUUGGAUGGGGCACACACAAUGCGUGAGUAAGUCCGUCGAGACUGAACCAGCGACGCUUUGGAAAGAUUGGCGAAGGAAGUUCAGGUCCUUUCCCCGGUCGGUACCAGAACGCAGAAGUGUAGCAUCACCGACGGCUCUUAUGACUCUUCCAGACUCGGCCCUCGAUAAGUCAUUAUUAAGAGCCGUGCAUCCUAAAAAGCAACUGCAACAGCGCCGACUAGAACCAACCGUGGAUGCCGAGGGAUUUGAGGGAGCAAUGAUGCACUUGAGCGAGUCCGGCUGGUACUGGGGAACUCUAACAGCAGCAGAGGCCAAGCUGGUUCUUGAUGAUGCCCUUGAGGGCACUUUCUUGUUGCGAAAGAGCUCAAACCCUGCCUACCUCCUUACCCUGUCUGUGAGGACCAGUCUCGGGCCCACACACCUGCGCAUUGAGUAUGCGAAUGGAAAGUUCAGCUUUGAUUCUGUGGCAUUGGCUCGCCCUCAGCUCAGGCAGUUUAAAGGCGCUGUGGAACUGGUGCAGUACUAUGCCCUGGCUUAUCAGAGGUUAGCCAGCCCCACAGAGGAGGCCAGGCCUGCUGAGGAAGCUGAGGAGAAUUCCUUGCAAGUGGCGCCUGAGACAUUGCAAUUGAAGCUUACCAGGCCUCGCCACAAAAAGCCGGGUAGUCUCCAACAUCUUUGCCGUAAAGUCAUAAACCAACAUUCACACAGUCAUAAUGACUUGCCCCUGCCCGAACGGUUGAAAGGGUUCCUUUUGGAAUAUCCAUUCCUGUUGUAGGACCAACCAUUGGCAGCCCUUAGAAAAUGGCCGUGACGGCUCAAUCAAAUCAGGUUGGUCAUGACCAUCAUUUCUGUACAAAUACAGGAGUGCUCUUGGUGGUGUGUUUUAUAAAAGGCUAACUGCAAAAAGCUUAGUCUAUGACUUGUUAGGCCCCAAACACUUGAUUUAGUAGUGCUGCUGUCUGUGUAUAAUAGAAUCAUGAAAAUAUAUACAAAGGAUCAAAUGCCUUAA